CAUUGGAGGAGCACCUGAACGCGUCAUGAUGAUAAUCGAUGCUCAUAUUAAACUGUAGUCACAAACUUGUGUCACCAGCUUGUCCUUGUCGCCAAAUCCACAGUGAAACGUGACCACUGCGAUGGCAUUUAACAAUAACUCACAUCAUCUUACACUCCAAACACCCACUCACGUUGUGUUUGAGGACUCUGAUGCUGCUCUGUCCACCAGCUAGCAUCAGCUGCGCCUACAGGCAAUGUAGCUAGCUUGUUUUGGAUUCACACACAGUGGAGUGACAGUGCUACACCUUCACUUUGUAGCACUAGCAGAGAGCAUCUAAAGCUGUCCCAUAUUCCCAUUACCUCCAUUCAGAUUUAUUUUCACUGCAGUUUAGUGUGACCAUGGAUCCGACCUGCAGUGCUCCAGCAUCUGGUCUGACGGUCCAGGUGUGCUUCCCCGGUGCCCGAGCUGCUGUUUUGGACAAUCUGAACCGCCAAAGGGAAGAAGGGCGGCUGUGCGACCUUUCCAUCCAGGUGCAGGGUCACGUGUUCAAGGCACACCGAUGUGUCCUCGCUGCAUCCUCGCCUUACUUUCAUGACCAGGUGUUACUGAAGAAUGUUACGACUGUGUCCUUGCCCUCGGUUAUGGACCCGGUGGCCUUUGAGAGUGUCCUCAGUUCUGCGUACACAGGCCAGCUGAGCAUUGUGCAUGAUGACAUUGUUAACUACGUCACUGUGGCCAGCUUCCUCCAGAUGUGGCACAUUGUGGACAAAUGCACCGAGAUCCUGAAAAGACCUCGGCCCUCACCGGAGGUCCCCCCAGGAGAGGCCAGCUCAGCUCCCCCUGGCUCUGCGUCUCGCCAGCAGUCCCCGAGCAGCUCAGACUGCUUAUAUCUGGAGAGGGAGGGGCGAAGGAAGGAGAGAAAGCCUGAUGCAUUGCCCCCAUUAGCGACAUGGAGACGGCCACAGCAGUUUCAAAGAUGGGGUCGAACUCGGCCCUCAUCAGCCCAGCACUUAGCAGACUCUCAGCUGGACGCCAUCCCAUGCUAUGCAGAGAGUGAUUACACCAGCUGUGAGGAAGCAUGGGUAUCCAGCCAGGCCAAAACCAGCCACUACGCCCAUGAUGGACCCGGUCACAAUAUCCGGCAUCACGGGGUGUUCCCCAGUGGUGAAGCGUUAAAGCAGAAAGCCAGGAUUAAUCAGCGAGCUGCACUGCUGAGCGCCGAUAGACUGCUUGUUAAGAAUAGAGAGAUCGGGGACAGUGAUGAGGCACAAGAGAGAAAGAAGAAUGAGAAAAGAGAGAUUGAGGCCGAUGAGGGAGUAGGAGUGGAGGCGGUGGAGAAGAGAGAAGGCUUUGCACAAAUGGGACACUGUGGCUUCCACCCAAUUCCACAUGAAAAUGUCACUCCUGGACAGGCCACAGGGAAAGCGAGUGUGGAGGAGAUGAAGGACAAAGGGCAGAGGACUUUGGUAGGAAGUGAUCCCUCUUCAGACCUGCCCGGUGUUCAUGCUUCUUGCCAAACAAGUGAAGUAGCUCCAGGCCCCUCCUGCUCAGCCUCAGCUCGAAUGCAGUGGCAGACCGGUCCCUCGUCUGAACAGGAGCCGAGGCUGCAGGACGGAGAAGCCGGCAGCUGCAGUAAAGACGAGGAAGAAGAGGAGGAAGAGGAGGAUGGGGACUUUGAAUGCUUCACAGGAGGGAGCUUUAGCAGAGAAACAUAUGAUGAGAUUGAAGAGGGAACAGGACAGGUUUCCCAGAGGCCUCUCGUGCCAGGGUCUCCUGACUUUGGCGUUGCUGGCUCAGAGGUUAACUGGCCUUCCACCAGUGCAGGACAAGGUCAAACAGCAAAUCGCCACGUGUCUCCAUCCUCUGCUGCUUUUCCACCACCCUCUUCACCCCCAACUCCCUCAUCGUCAUCCUCAGUUUCCCACGCUGGCGCCCCCUUCGCAGGCAAAGUCCACUUUUGCCACUGCGGCAAAGCCUACACCCUGAAGAGCAUGCGUGACCGGCACGUAAAGAUGCAGCACCUCAAUCUACGCCCCUUCGGCUGCCCUGUUUGCACAAAGUCCUUUAAAAUGAAGCACCACCUAACAAAGCACCUAAAGACUCACGGAGGGCUGCGUCCCUACGAGUGUGGCCUGUGUGGGAAGAAAGUCAUUUGGAGAGACAGCUUCCUCAGGCAUCAGGCCCGAUGUGAGAGACUUGCCUCCAGCUCCUCGGGUAACAGUAACAACACGAGCACGGCAGCAGAUAUUGAUGACGGCUACACUUACGGGUUUGAAGAUGGAGAGGCUUUCCUGGCAGGGGGAGGACAAGUGAAAGUGGAGGAGGUGGAUUUUCAAGGGGAGAUGGAGGACGGGAUGGGCGGCCUGUUUAGCAGUGUGUCUGGGAUUGUGGACGAGCUGAGGACUGGGCCACAAAGUUUGAACAUGGGUGGUCAUGUUUUCAAACAGGAAGCGAGCGAGGGCUUCGGUGGAAAUUAAACCUUAAUGUGAAACAGAGGUUUUCAGCUUUUAUGUAUAUUUUUUAAUAGGAUGGAUGGUUCAGAAAAAAGCAAUCAUAAAACAUAUUUCAAAGGAACCUUUUAAGCUGUGUAGUUUCAUAUCAUGACGCUUUAAACUGUAGUGUUGUGAAUGUACUUCUUCACCCCUUUUAAAGUUCUUUUGCAUUUUGCACAUAAAUGAUCUGCCAUCGAUGGAAAAGAAGAAAAACACAGGUCAUACAUUUCUUUCAUUUUACCCUGCCACCUUGAUGUUUCUUUGCACUAUGUAUAGAAAAGAGCUCUUUAUUCAAAUAAACCAUUUGGGUUUUUUGGUCGAUUA